AUGGCAGAAGCUAAGGAAAGUUCUCAGUUCAUAAAGGAUGGUGGACGUGUCCGGCUUUCCCAUGAGCUCUCGGAAGGUGAGAAAAAAGCCACUGAGAAGAGAAAGGUGAAAGUCCUGGAGUGCCUCAAGAGCCUUAACAUUGCCUGUGUUGAAGAUAAGAUGCCCAAUAUUGCCAUGCUAGGAUCAGGCGGAGGUCAGCGGGCCAUGAUAGCCCUUCUGGGAACCUUGGUGGAGCUGAAGAAGCAGGGCCUGUUGGACGCUGUCAUGUAUCUGUGUGGGGUAUUGGGUUCCACCUGGUGCAUGUCUUUCCUCUUCAAAGAGAAGGACUGGACAGAGAAAGUGCAGGACUUGGAAGAACGCCUGUGUGAGACACUUUCCAAUCCUCAAUGUGAUAUUCAAAAGGCGUUUACUAUUGCGACACAGGAAGCUGAAGAUGAACUCUUCUCUCUGACUGAUGACUGGGCCUCUUUCUUUGUCUAUCUUGCAUUGAAGCUGUAUGAUGAGACCAAGUUAUCUGAACACAAGGAUACCUCCACAAAUGGGACAAAUCCUUACCCCAUCUAUGCUGCAAUAGAAGCAAACCAAUUGGAUAAAGCAGGUGAAAACAGCCCAGGGACCUGGUUUGAAUUCACCCCCCAUGAAUCUGGCUUUCCCAGCCUGGGGGCAUUUGUGUGCACCAAAGACUUUGGAAAAUUCAAGGAUGGGGAUUUGAAAGAAAAGAGGGAAGAGAAAAAUAUCUGCUACCUGCAAGGAUUAUGGGAGAGUGCCCUUGGAAGCAUGGAGGAAAUCAUACAAUAUUUAAUAGGUGACGCCCAAUCCACUAGCUUGACCAACAAAGUAUCAAUCUACUUGAUUGAUGCCAGCAUUGGCAUAAAUUCUGCCUAUCCCCUUGUUCUGCGCCCAGAGAGGAAAGUGAAACUGAUCCUCUCCUUUGACUUCAGAUCUGGGGAUCCUUUUGAGCACCAAAGAGCCAAGAGCGUUAUAGCAGGAGGAGAUGGGGCCAGUAGAAAUGUGAACUGA